AUGGCUUUUUUGGAUACUCUUCGUCAAUGGGACGACGCAGUAACAUGUGUGGACAGAAAUGAUUUGGCUGAAGCACUCAGGAUGUUCUUGUCCAUCCAAGAACCAAACUCUAAAAUUUGCUUUAACAUCGGCUGUCUCCAGCUUCUGAACCAAAACCUGGAUGCUGCAGAAAAGGCUUUUGACUGCAGCAUAUGCAAGGAUGAACAUUUGGCUGUGGCCUUCUUCCAAAGAGGAAUCACCUUUUACAAAAAGAAGAGGUAUGAGGAGAGUGUCAGUGACUUCCAACUAUCCCACAAGGCUCUGAGGGGCAACCAGCUGAUAGAUUACAAAGUGCUUGGUCUCAGAUACAAGUUAUAUGCAUGUGAGGUUUUACACAACAUGGCCCUGGCGGAGGCUCACUUGGGUCAGUGGGAAAAAGCCCAGAAGAACCUUGUGAAGGCUUUCGAAUGCAAAACCGAUGCAAAGCAGAGUGUCCUCGACAGAGCUAUGCAGUCUAUCCUGAAACAGAAAGUUUUUAAAGCAGUCGAGUUCCCAGCCACUGUGCUGUUUCGACCGAAUAAACAUUACGUUGCUGAACUGGAAAAGAAGGACUACUUGGGAAAAGCCAAGGUGGUUGCUUCUGUUAUUCCUCAGGAUAAAUUCUCUGGAUUUGCACCUUUAAAGCCACAGGUUGAACAGGAACCUUCAGGUCCUAAGGAGCCUGAGGUUAUGAGGGCUUUGGAAGGAGACCCUCACAUCGUGCGCUACGAGUUUAUCCCCGAGACGAGCGACGAGCUGGCUGUUGUCCCUGGCAAUAUUGUGUUUGUUCUGCAGAAAGGGUCCGACAACUGGGCCUCAGUCGUCUUUAACGGAAGAAAGGGACUUGUUCCUUACAAUUACCUGGAACGCAUGGAAAUGUCCUUGGAUACUAAGCAGAAGAACGAACUAUCAGAACCUCCAAAUCGGGAACCACCGACCAGGCCAGAAAGGAAACAAGGUCUCAAUCGUACAGACAGAAGCAAUGGAGAUUUACGGCAGGAGGAGGCCCAACUUCCUGACAACUCGUGUAUUGUCAAAGUGCAUUACACAUUCAACUUUGCAGUGUCUCUAACAAGUGGCUCCACUUACUCGACACUUAUCGAAAAGAUCAGUAAAAAACUGAACGUUUCCACCGUUUCAGUCACGUUGAGGUUGACAUCAGAUCCAACAAGUGUCUUGAAUGAGAACACAGACAUGGAGAGCGUUUGGGGUCGCGCUCAGAACAAGCACCUGACAUUGUGGUGUAAUAUCAAGGACCAAACUGGAGUACAGCAACCACAGAAUGAGAUUGUUUUUGUGGCACUUCACUCUUACGAAUCAUCAAAUCCUGAGGAUCUCAAUUUUAACCAGGGAGAUAAAAUCACUCUCAUCAGUAAAAUUAACCAGGACUGGUUGGAAGGACAUUCUAAUGGAAACACUGGCAUCUUUCCUGUAUCCUUUGUGGAGGAAGUUCCUGUGAAUGACCAGUGA